UUUGGUUUUGCUUGUCACUAAACUGGUGUUCAAUAUCGCACGAUAAUAAAGAGAACCAAUCAGCAUGGCUACGAAGCGUACAUCGGAUGAUCAAAGUUCAAACGACAUGGCUAGUGAAAAGAAGCAGAAGCAGGUUCGAGUGUGGGUCGAUGGCUGUUUCGAUAUGGUUCAUUUUGGCCAUGCCAAUGCUAUCCGACAAGCUAAACAAAUGGGGGAUUAUCUGAUUGCUGGAGUUCAUUCAGAUGCGGAAAUUUCCAAACACAAAGGCCCACCUGUUUACAAUGAAAAGGAGCGAUACAAGAUGGUGCGAGCUAUUAAGUGGGUGGAUGAGGUUGUAGAAGAUGCUCCAUAUGUGACAACUCUAGAAACUCUGGAAAAAUACAAUUGUGACUUCUGUGUACAUGGAGAUGACAUCACAGUGACAGCUGAUGGAACAGAUACAUACCACUUAGUAAAGGCAGCUGGAAAAUACAAAGAAUGCAAGAGAACAGCUGGUGUAUCCACAACAGAUCUUGUAGGAAGGAUGUUACUGGUGACAAAAACUCACCACGAAAGAGAUGAGGAAAAACCUGUAGACAAGGCUCAGGCAGGGGACAUAGGAUCAGGCAGUAAAGGUUGCAGUCCCUGGACCGGUGUCUCACAGUUUCUACCCACCUCCAAUAAAAUCAUCCAGUUCUCCUCCGGAAAGGAACCCAAACCGGGAGAUAGAAUCGUCUAUGUGGCUGGAGCUUAUGAUCUUUUUCAUGUAGGUCAUUUAGAUUUCCUAGAGAAAGUUAAACAGGAGGGAGAUUUUGUUAUAGUAGGCCUUCACACUGACCCUGCUGUGAAUAGAUAUAAAGGAUCUAAUUUCCCUAUCAUGAAUUUACAUGAAAGAACAUUAAGUGUCCUAGCUUGUCGGUAUGUCUCAGAGGUUGUAAUAGGAGCUCCCUAUGCUGUGACAUCUGAUCUCAUGGAUCAUUUCAAGGUUGAUCUGGUCUGUCACGGACAAACUCCCAUCAUGCCUGAUGUUGACGGAGCUGAUCCUUAUGCUGAACCUAAACGUAGAAAUAAAUUCAAGCUUCUGGAUAGCCAGUGUGACCUUACUACUCAAAUGAUUAUAGACAGGAUCAUUUCUCAUAGGUUGCUAUAUCAGUCUCGAAACAAGAAAAAACAAGACAAAGAACUGAAGAUUUUGGCCAUGUUGGAAAAACAAGCCAGUGGGUAGAAACUGCAGCUGAUUCUUAUAGGAAAGACAAUUGAUAGGAUUUUAAAUUGAGGUCACGUGUAGAUGUGUGCAUAGUUAUAUUUAGAUUUUACUAGACUUGAAAUUUUAUAAUUUUGAGGUCCUGUUCUAGAGGAUUGAUAUAUACUCUCUCAUCUAUAAAUGUGUGUACAGUGGAGCCCCAUUUAUCCGGACGCUUUGGUUCCCAGUCAAUUUGUCCGGAUAUGUGAAGCGUCUGGAUACCUGAAUCACCAGUUAAACAAGACAAAAUAACAUAUAAAAAAAUCCGUUCUGAUGAAAAAACGUCCGGAUACUGAAGCAUCCGGAUAUCUGGCGUCCGGAUAUCUGAAGGCCCACUGUAUUGUAUUACAUUUAAAAAGGAAUUUAUGUUUUUGUCAUAGACAAUGUUCUGGAUUUGAAAUUUCUUUUUUUUUUAUUCUUUGUAAGAAUACUGAUUACCUCCCCUGUAAUCUGUUAACAGUCCAUAUCCUCCCUGUAUUAUUUUUAGUAACAACACCAUGUCCCGCUUCUGUAACCAUUACCAAACAAUAUCUGCUGCUCCACAACAUCAAAACCAGUUUAUAUUGACUAGAUAAAAAGAUGUCUGUUUUAGAUACUGUUGUCAAAAUUA